GGCAACAGGGCAGAGAACCAACAAUCCAGGAUGAGGGAGAGGAUGCUUGCACGACGGAGCUGCGCUGAGGAAAACUCCAGUCGUGACGAUCGGCGAGCAGCCGCGGCGUCUAGAGCCGAAGCGGUUAGCGCGUGUGUCUGCGAAGUUGACCGCCUUCUGUUUUCCAUCCGAACUGGCAGAAUCUUUAUCUGCCCUGAUAUGAUAGGAGUCUCUUUUUGAAGUUUCCAGCUGAUUCAGUACGGUUAUCAUGACUGUCGGGGCUUUUUCAGAAUGGCGCAGACUGCCAGUUAGUCUCAGCGAGCUAUGCAUUAACACGACGCUCCGUUGUGGGCAGUCAUUUCGAUGGCACAACGUGCCUGACAGCGAUGAAUGGAGAUGUGUCCUCCAUGGUCGCCUCCUAUCUCUCAAUCAGGACCCGACACAUCUACAUUAUAGGACUUAUUUACCCCCGGCCCCUCUCCCAACACCACCUUCAUCACAUCCGCCCUCUCGUGCCGACUCGGACAAACCUCUAGACAAACCUCAAUCUGAUCAAGAUGACAUCCUCCCUAUUCUCACACACUACUUCAAUCUCGCCUCCGAUCUGACAUCCCUCUACUCCCAUUGGUCCUCCAACGACCCCAACUUCAAGAAGAAAGCUCCUCAAUUCACCGGAAUCCGCAUCCUACGUCAAGACGCCUGGGAGGCUCUAGUCUCCUUCAUCUGUAGCAGCAAUAACAACAUCGCGCGCAUAUCCCAGAUGGUCGAGAAACUCUGUAUCAACUACGGCCCCUUCAUCGCCUCUAUCGACGGCCGCGCGUACCAUGACUUCCCACCACCCGAGGCCCUGGCCGGCGAGGAUGUAGAGAGUCGGCUGCGGAGUCUGGGCUUCGGAUACCGUGCCAAAUACAUAUAUCAAACGGCAGUGAUUGUCUCAACACAGCGCGAGAAAGGAUGGUUGGAUUCUUUGCGGAACCCCGAGUCUCCCGCUUUGGGGGUUGAACCUGCGCCCGGUGGGGAGAUGAGACCAGAAGGCCGAGAGGGAUAUCGCGAGGCACAUGAGAAGCUGCUCGAGUUACAGGGUGUGGGGCCCAAGGUUGCAGAUUGUGUCUGUCUGAUGGGGUUGGGAUGGGGAGAAUCUGUUCCUGUUGAUACCCACGUGUGGCAAAUAGCUCAGAGAGAUUACAAGUUUGGCAAAGGUGCCCAUAAAUCGUUGACAAAGGCUACAUAUGACGCCGUGGGCAAUCAUUUCCGCAAGCUUUGGGGAAGCGAGGCUGGUUGGGCACAGAGUGUUUUGUUUACGGCUAACUUGAGGUCAUUCUCGGAUCGACUCGUUGCUUCGAAGAAGGAGGAGGUGCAAGUCAAGGUCAAGCACGAGCCCGAUGAGGAUCGCAAAGCCGAGGUUACGACGAAAAUCACUACUGCUACAGCUGUAGGAGUGAAGAGGUCUGCAAGCGAAAGCAACGUGAAGACCGAGCCCAGUGAUGAUAAGGAUGUCAAGACCAUUGUUGAGACGCAGACGACAAGACGGAUGUCAAAGCGGCUUCGGAACCGCUAACCAUUCCAUUUCGGUUGUUCACGUCUUAUAGACGUUUACUGGAAAGAGAAAUAUGUAGAUGGCAUAGAAUGUACCAAGUAUAUGCACAGCUCUG